AUGCAUUCGUUGCGUUAUCGAUUACAUUUGAUUCUAUUCUUGACAUUUGCAUUGACUCUGUGCCAGGCUGCUGCGCCCAAUUGGAAUUCGGUGCAGCCACCAAAGCCACGAUGGGGUCCAAAUAUGCAAAUGUUGAGACAACACAACAGUCCUGCCUUUGAAUAUUGGAAUGAUAAUCAUGAGGAUAAUAUUUGGGAGCAUAGUGGUCUAUUUGAAGGUGAUAUCAUGCUGCAUCGUGAAUAUUUACGCAAUGGAUUGCUGAAUGAAAAGGCGACAUGGCCCGAAGCUACCGUCCCAUUUUAUAUUGAUAGCCAAGAUUUCAACCAAACACAGAUGAUGACCAUCCUAAAAGCCUUUAAAGAAUAUCACGAUAAGACUUGCAUACGUUUUCGUCCCUAUGAGAAGGGAGACAAAAAUUGGAUAGUUUUUAAAGGCAAUUAUUCUGGUUGUUGGUCCAGUGUGGGUAGGCGGCAAGGUGGACAAGUCUUAAAUUUAAAUACCCCAAAGUGCGUUACACAUGGUGUUGUGGUACACGAGAUAUUACAUGCCCUGGGAUUCUAUCAUCAGCAAUCGGCAACUGAAAGGGAUGAUUAUGUCAAAAUUAAUUGGGAAAAUAUAAUACCAGGACAUGCCCAUAAUUUUAACAAAUACGCCAGGACGCAUAUAAGCAGUUUCGGGGUGGAGUAUGAUUAUCUAAGUGUUAUGCACUAUAGUUCCAAGGCAUUUACAAAAAAUGGCAAAAACACCAUAGAACCUUUGGAUCCCUAUGCCAGCUUGGGCCAGCGACGUGGCCUUUCGGAUAAGGAUAUUGCCAAGCUGAAUGAAAUGUAUGAAGAAGACUGUGUAGGAGAUGGCCUAUUCGAUUUUGAUCGUUUCGGCCAUUAUUUAAAUGAAAUGAUUGACUAUGUACAAGGAACUCUUGAUAAAAUCUUUACUUAG